AUGCAUGGACACAUCUAUAUCAUCCUGAAAGAGGCCCUGAAAUACGUUCCGGUCAUUGGUCCAGGCAUGAUGUUUUAUGGGUUCGUUUUCAUGGCUCGAAAAUGGCAGUCGGACAUGCCGCGCUUGCGGCAUCGACUGGAGAAGUUGAAAGGUCGACAUUCGGGUCCAUUGUCUGGGCUGCACACCCUCGAUCCGAUGUGGUUGCUGAUCUUCCCUGAAGGCACCAAUUUGUCAGCCAACACAAGGAAAGGCAGCAAGGCAUGGGCUGCCAAACAAGCUGUUCCAGACAUGCAGCACCAGCUGUUGCCUCGAAGCACUGGCCUCUAUUUUUGUUUGCAGCAGCUCAGAGGAUCAGUUGAUUGGCUCUAUGACUGUACAGUAGCGUAUGAGGGCGUCCCAAAGGGUGGAUAUGCGCAAGACUAUUUCACUCUUAGGUCGACAUUUUUCCAAGGCCGGCCUCCGAAGUCUGUCAACAUGUACUGGCGACGUUUCCCCAUUGCAAGUAUCCCUCUCGAUAAUGCUACAGAGUUUGAGAAGUGGCUAAAGCAACGUUGGGAAGAGAAGGACCAACUUCUCGAAUACUUCAAAGAGAGCGGGCGAUUUCCUGCUGAUGGUGCUGCAACUGCCGAAAAGACUAAAGGUUUUAUUGAUACCGAAGUCAGGCUGGUGAAGUGGUACGAAGCUGGCCAGAUAUUUGUGGUACUCGCGACAGUAGCUCUUGUUGUGAAUGUCAUCACCAAAUUUUCUCAGGUCAUACUUUUGCCGCUAUCGAAAUGA